AUGAGGGACCACUGGUGGCAGUUUUUGAUGAUCGGAGUUUUGUUGGCCUGCGUUGCUAUCGGAUCCGCGCAUAUUCUCUGGUCUUUGGUUUCAAAAGCAAUUAAAUCUUACAAGUCGAGAUCAGUUCCAGACAAAAUCCCUUCAAAUGUUUCUCAGCGCCUCGAAAAGCUUGCCAACAGGAGCCUUCGUCUCACCGCGCUCCCAACCAAGCAAAAGCCGUCCUCCUUCGGGGUUUACCUCGGAGCCUUCGAAAAAUCUCCGACAGAAUCACAAAGUCGGUUGCUGAAACAAUGGGACCUCCUGAUCGUCGACCCAUUCCAAAGUGGAACUACACAGGCCAUCACUCAACAUGGUCAAAGCCAGGUGUUGGGUCGAAUUGAUUUCUCGAAAGUCGUCUCGCCAACAGAAUCAGCUCUUUUGGCAAUUGACAGAAUUGAAGAGAUUCUGGCCAACAAUUUCAACGACACGGCAUAUUCUGGAAUCUUGUUCGCCAAUUGGGAAGAUCAAUUUUCUCCGUCGAUCCAGGGGAAAUUGUUCGAGGUUAUCAAGAGUCUCGGGUUGGAAGUAUACCUGGAGACGCAAUCACCCGAUUUCUUGACGAGCCGAAAGUCUCUCCAGAACAGCGCUAUUUCCGGCCUUGUCGUUCGAAAUAUUAGCAUUUUGCCUUCUGGUGAAAAGCGUGACUACUUCCAGAUGGCAAAGCUUCAAUCCACAAUCAAGGCAUUUGUCUCCGAAUCUUGCAUGCGAGACUUCGUUGUUCUUGCAUGGGAAACUCUCGAUAAUGAUGCCACUCCCUCGAAUGCCAUCAUUCGACGCUCGAUUCAAUGGUGUAGCUUCUACAGUGCUGUUUGCUGGAUCGGCACCGAGGCUGCUCUACAGGAUGCCGAAUUGAAUGUGCCUACAGUCGAGCCUCUUCCUGCGUUCGGAUGGUUGAAAGAUGCCGAUAUCAUGAAAACCCAUGAUACAUGGCGCUCGAAUUCUCACAUUUCUCCAUUUGCUGACACUCAAACCGGGUGGGAUACCAUCCGUGAGCAUUUCUCGGAAGUUGACGGACUUCUUGAUUCUCAGGAGACGGAAGCUAUCUCACCAGAGAGCCCAGGCGCCCGACUUCGUGAUCCUCCAGAGUGGGUGGCUCAGGUGAAAUCGCAGGGAAGCCCGCUUUCUAUCUCCAUGUCCGGUCAAGAAUAUACAGCGUUGGGCUGUUUCCCUCUUGGUUCGGAGUCAACGGCAAUGGCCUUUGCUGAAAUUCUCCAGUCGCAACAGCGUCUCAAGGGUCUUAGCCUUCUUCACCCGGUUCCAGCGUCAAAAGUCCAAAACAUCGGUCUACUUCUUCGUAACUUUCAAGCAUCACUUGAAGCUUUAAAUGAGGAUGAACACCUCAUCGCAGCUAUCAAGGAGCUGGCCGAUAAGGCAUCGAAUGAGUCUCUCAAUGUCUACCUUGCAUUGGAUUCUGGGUUGAGAAAAUCAUCCGACGUUCGUUUCUGGUCUGUUUAUCAACUUGACGGUGACAACGAUAAGACCGAAAUAUUUGUUUCGAAGAAUGCACCUGGUUUAGCCGGAACUAUCCUGCACACAUUCCUCUCCGCGAAGGGAUUUUCACGACAUGUGUGCUUUGAAACCGAAGUCGCGAUGGCGAGCUGGUCGCAGGAUUUGGUGCCGAAUACUGAUCUCCCUCGACGCAUGACUCAGGAUAUCGAUGUCCUCAGUCCGGAAGAGCGACUGCUGCUUCUGCAACAUUUGUCGCUGACAGAUUCUCAAAGUAACCUCGCAGAAACUAUUUGCUCUUAUAUUCGCAAGCAACUCCUCGAUACCCCCUCAUUCGCCCAGUUAAAAGAGCUCAACACUGUCGGUUACCUCGAUGAAUCUGUCUCUGCAGAGGAACUCAUCCAGUCGCGCAUUGAUUGGUACAAGCAACAGGAGUGCCCACAUCCAUCAGUUACCAGUUCCCUUCGCCUUUUCAGCCAGGUUGACGAACUUUUCACCCAAAUUCUGAAGUAUCACCGAGAGGACGAGCUUGCAGCCAUCACCAAGGGCCUCUGUCAGCUUACGCAGGAUGGCAAUAUUGAUGCUUAUAUCGACAUGAUGACUCUUUCUCUGUUCUGUGCGGCGCGAAAGGGGUCCUUUGAUGAGAUCUACACAGAGGUUACCGACCGUAACCCGCUCUUCAACCUUCACCCUGACCAAUCGGCAGCUUUUGCGGAGUCGUUCGCGCUCGGAUCUCGCUGUGAAGCAUACUUUGAUGUUGCUCCCAGUGUUUUCGGCAAACUUCUAUCCGAUCGGUUCAGAGAACACUACAAGUUGCCACAGAAUCAGCCUCCGGACUGGGCAAAUGGUGCUACAGAGCUUGCGACAGCCUAUGCAGGAGCUCAGAUUGAUGUCAACCCUGACGACAAAUCAAAGCCUAUGCGUAGUUACCAGCGCUUUACUUUCCUCAGUGUUUUCGCCAUUCCAGCUUUGAUUGACAUCAUUCUGCUCACUCUUAUCGGACGUGGUCUGUAUCUUUCUGCUUACAUGACCGUCGAAGAGCAAAACAGUGCGACUAUGGCAUUGAUGAUUUCGCUGCUUCUCUCAGGAGGCAUUGGUACGAUGAUUGCUUGUGGUGGCCCUUACUACCUCAUCUCUAUGGCAUUUGCUGCUUCCAACAUGUUUGUCUUGAUCCGACUCAUUGCUGGUAUUGCAUUCACUAUCGCUGGUGGCUUGAUCGGGUUUGUCGCCAUCUCCAGCGUCAGAGGCCCUCGGGCAGGUAUUAUCUUCUACCUUUAUCUGGUCUCGCUGACUAUCUACUUCUCGACCUUUGCUUCUCUGGCAAGCUUCAGUUACCCAGGCUCCACAUUCCUGUCGGGUCGUAAGGCUAUCAUUAUGUGCAUUCCAAUCCUCUUCGCGUCCCCCAUCAUCACCACUUUCACCGGGCACGAUUCUGCGAUCUAUCUCGCCGUCAUCUACAUUUUUAUCGGUGUACUGCUGCUUUGCCUGCGAUCAACUACGUCCAAGUGGGUGACUUGGUAUCAAUCCUUGCGACGGACGGAUGAUACCGAAAUUCGCAAAUGGUAUAUUUCUGUCCAUGGAAACGAUGAUGAAAAGGUCUUUGGAACUCUCAGUGAUCCAGCUGCACUCAAACUCGCACGUGAAGCUCUUCUCGAGGAUGUGAUGGCUGAAAAGAACCGCGGACUAUUUUCAAGGUCAACUACCGACAAGCUCGUCAAGGAGAUCGCCCGCGAUUGGGAAUCUACCAACUUCCUUCUCGAUUGGUACUGCCGAUAUGCCGAUGUUUCCCGUCCAAUCCCGUUCAGUUCUGGAUGGAACAUUCAAACUAAGGUUGCCCUGGAUGUCCUGCGUAAUUCGCAGAAAGGACUCAAGCUACACAAUGCCUUCGUACACUGGCGCCAGUCCAGCAAGGAGAUAGGCUGCGGUGUUCUCUACUUCGUCAUUGCUCUUCUCGACAAAUGGAUCCAAAUGCUGAGCGGUGAUAAACAACUUUCCGGUCUCCUCGGAGCUUCCCUUAGUGAUGCGAACCGUAUGGCUACCGGAUUUGCUUUGGCAUAUUAUCUGAUUGGUGCUGUUCUCAUCGACACCAAGGCCCAAGAACUUCAUGAAGCUAUCGGAGGCAAAGCACCAGAGGCCGUCAGCGAGUCCAAACAUAUUCGCCCCUCGCAAAAGGGUGAUGUUCACUUCCGGCGAAAGGUUUAUUGGCGAACUCUCUUCAAGUUUCUCCUAUGGCAUGUGUGGAGUCUUGCUCUGUCUACCGCUUUGCUCUGGACAUUCCAAGCACCUUUGGAAGGCGUGAUCAUUUUCUUCACAUACGUGCUUGCCUACACCGGUCUCAUCUGGUACCAAUACACCAAGAUCUUUACCGGUCCCCAUGCAUUGAAACCACUCCUCACGGGAAUAUUCGUCGGAUUGCCUGUUGGAAUCGCUCUGAGAGUCUGUCUUCCCGAUUUCAAUUAUUCGCAAAUCAUUGGUCUAGGAGCCGCAACUUGGAUUGUUGCCAUACUGUCUCUCUGGAAUGCGAAAAUGGGAAUGCCUAACAAAGUCGACUCACUCGUUGAGAUGGGCAAGAUCUAUCAUGCUUUCACCACACCGUGGUCCGAUCCUGAGUGGUCCCAGCAAGAGCUCCAGAGCUUUUAUGAGAGAGUAUCUCUCCUCCCGGCCGACUCCCGUUUCCAAGUUCUGCUCAGCGCCCACCCCGGAAUCGAGAUCAAGCAGGCCCUGGUCAAUCGCAGAGAGGAGAUUCGUGUUGAUGAAGCCUUCCCAAACUCCAAGGACAUCAUCACCCAAGCCUUGAGUCUUUGGGAGAAGAACGACAUACAGAUCGAGCUUGUGCCUCAAGGUUCGCUCGGCCCCAGUAUUCGAGCCUUGGGGUGCUAUAACCAGGGUAUACUUCAUUUGGCUAUCAGCGUGAGAGGUCUACACGAUGAGCGAUUGGAUAUCAGUGCCAAUUGCCAGAUCAUUGCGGAGACCAUGGUUCAUGCCGUCGCAGAGAUGAUGUUGGGAGUCCCUCACGAUUAUGCCAUGCUCUCUGAGGCAAUUGUGUCUGGUGGCGUCUCACACACCAUGGCUCGCCAACUUAGAGAGGAAGCCAAUACUCCUCUUGUCGUGCGCUGGGCCAAGAAGGAGCUUUUGCGUCAGCUUUGCCUUGGCUUCGAGCCAGACCUUCAUUGGGAUAAGCUAACUGUCAAGGUUCGAACUGCUCUAUUGAAUCGCUGCCUGGGACUUCACGCGGAUCUCUCCAUCGGCCAACACCAGUGGCUGCGAAAGAGACUCUGUCAAUUUGACUCGCAAAGUCUUGAUGUUCAUAUUGCGCGAUGCAAUCUUGGAGCAGCCACUGCGAUCAGCAUUCUCGACUACGCCCACUAUGGAACUGGAGAGGCGGCCGUUCCCAAGGACCCUGAGACUACCGAAUACAUUCCCUACGUUCCCAGAAAAUUGCCAGCGGCUAUCUCAUUCCUUCGCGCGCCAUUCAGCUAUUCCUAUCACACGCUUGGCUCCAUUGUCAAGUUCAUCAUGGUUGCCUUGCUUGCCGAUCCCGAGUUCCAGAGAGAGUUUGAUCAUGUCAGUCAGUCUCUACACACUUUCGUUCGUGUACCGUCAGUCUUUCUGCUCAAUAUGGUCUGGGUCUAUGCCAAGAUCUGUCAAGAUCUGGGGUUGUCUUUCUUCUUGUUCCACGGCCGCAAGAACGUCAAGCAGUUGUGGGAAGAAACCAAAUCCAUGACAGUUCACAUCAAGAAGAGCAGAGUCCUCAUUCAAAGCUUGGAUGGAACUUUUACAGCUUUCAGACAUCAGGAGACUGAUGGAGGCUUCAAGUUCUACCAAUACGUUGGUGAACAUAAGACAGAGCCGAAAGAGGCAAAGGCGCUGAAGUACAUCAGCAGCUAUUCCAGUGAAAUGCUUCUUCUGAUUAGACAAGAGUUUAAGGAUGGAAAGCUCAUCAAUGAGUACCAUUACGACUACCACGUCCCGGGAAAGAAGGGCUUUAAACUGGGCAAAAUCUCGACCAACCGCACUCCUCUUGGCCGACGCUGCGUUCAGGGCGAGAAUCAUCUUCAGAGCAUUGCUUAUAACCCUAAGGGUCUCGUCGAUAGGGGUUCGUACAUGAAAGAUGGCAACUUGAUUAGUUUCAAGUAUCACUAUCGCAAGAAUCCCCGUUUCGGUGACGAACUCCUACGUGCUGAAUUCUCCCUUUCUCACAUCACUGCCAAUGUCGCCUGGUGUGCACCUCCCCUUCGUCACCCUGAGAAGCACAAUCGCUACAUUCCGCACUCAAAGGUCAUGGAAGCAACAUUUGUCCAGCUCGGAAAUGCCGAUGUCUAUGAGAGUCGCUGGCUUUAUGAUCACAAGUUCCACCCGACCAUCUUCACCACCAUCAAUGGAAUGAAGGUUCAAACCCCGCCCAUGAUUGAGCACGAUUAUCUCGGUGUUCUGGCCAAGCCGAAGUAUACCAGCUUCUUGCAUGACAAUCCUUUCCUCUUCUGCAAGAGUCUCAAGUCUAAUGUCUUCACCCGCUUGUUCGGUUUGACAAAGUUGCGUUUCGCUGUCUCCACCUCCAAGGCUCGUUCACUCAUGUGGAAAGCAUGGAAGGAUCGCACUGACCUUGAUGGUAUUGUCGUUCGCUGGAUGGAUGACCGCCUUCUUCGCAAAGACAGCGUCCUUGCUCCCUACUGGCGCAGUCGCGACUGGGGUAACCUUACGAAUGCAAAGAAGUAUGUCAAUCUUCGCGCAGAUGCCAUCAUGGCUAGCACGGAUCUCGACGACAACAUCUCGAGCUGGACACCUCUGGCUGUCAAAAUCAGCGAUCUGAUCAACUUUGGCCCUGGAGGUGAUGCCGUUGUGACAACCCGCUCCAAGGACUUUUCCAAUGACACUGAGGAGACUCUGCACGUCAUGGCCGCUGACAAUGGUACUUGGCCUAACGAGGAGGUGGUGUCUCUGCCUGUCGACGAGACAUGA